AUGAAGGGAUUCGUCGGUGGAAUUCCCCUGGCCCUGCUGGCCGCUGCCGCUCAGGCACAGGCCAUGGAGCACACUAUGAACAGCGGCGCCGUUCAGCCUCGCAACCACAAUGGAUUCGGCCAGCCCGAGGUCGGAGGCACUGCUCUCGGUGGACCUUCAGGAAAUGAUGAGGAUGGAACCUUCAAUGUUCCCUAUGCCGCCAGCAUUCACACUGACACCAACGUGAACGAGUUCAGCAAGGAUGAUCACUCCGUCAAGAUCAAGGACACUGAUGUCUACCCACCUAACGUUCACCCUGGCCCUGCUUUCGCCCCUGGUGCUGGUCCUUUCCCCAUCAAGCGCAGCUGGCCUUCCGGCGGCACUGCUGAGGGCGGUCCUUCUGGCAACGAUGAAGGCCAGACCUUCAACAUGCCCAUCACUGGCAACUUCAACACCGACGUCAACGAGUCUUCCCAGGACGACCACUCUGUCGAUAUCAAGAACAAGGAUAUCCACCCUGCUCCUGUCAUUGCUCCUGUCCACGUGCAUCCUCCUCCUCACUUCGAGGGCCCUCCUGCCCAUGCUGAUGGCAACAACAACGACAACUUCAAUGGCGAUCACUUCAACGUGGUUGAGAACGAUCUUCACCACGACUGGGUGAAGCGUGGUGGCCCUGGAGGCCCCCCUCACUUCGGUGGCCCCCCUCCGUUCUACGAGGCCAAUGACAAUAACAAUGGCAACUUCAACGGUGACCACUUCGGCGUCGUUGAGAACGACCAGCACGUCGAUUGGGUCAAGCGCGCCGCUCCAGGCGGUACUGCUCUCGGUGGACCCGGAGGUGGUGGCCACGGCCCUGCUGGAUACCCUGACCAUGUUUCUGGAGGAACUGCCCUUGGUGGCCCAUCUGGUGAUGAUGAGGGGAUCAGCUAUGGCCGUCCCAUCACCGCUGAUAUCCACAGCAAUGUGAACGAAUACAGCAAGGAUGACCACUCUGUCGAUAUCAAGCACACCGAUAUCCACCCCGGCCACCCCUUCGGAACCCCAUUCAAGCGUCACUGGGGUCCUCACAACGGCGGCACCGCCCUCGGUGGUCCUUCCGGAGAUGAUGAGGGACAGACCUUCAACAUGCCCAUCACUGUCAACACCCACACUGGUAUCAACGAGUAUGCCAAGGACGACCACUCCGUCAAGGUCAAGAACACCAAUGUUCACUCUCCUCCAGUCUUCCCUGCUGGCCCCGGCCCUGUCGUACCCAACGGUGGCCCCUUCCGCCGCGCCUACUCUCCUGACCGUGUCUCUGGAGGUGGCGGUGGCGGCACUGCUGAGGGUGGUCCCUCUGGUACUGACGGUGGUGAGGACUUCGGUUCACCUGUCGACGUUGGUGUUGACAGUGGCGUCAAUGAGCACAGUGAGGACAACCACGCUGUCAAGAUCGACAGCACCACUGUUCACCCUCACUACGAGCAGCCCGAGCUUCCUUGGAUGACCUACCCCGAGGCCGCCACCUAUGAUGUUCCUGCCUCUCCUCCUGCUCACGAGGUUGAGCAAGCUCCCCCCGUCGAGGAGACCCACGAGGUCCCUCAGGCUCCUCCUCAGGCUCCUCCCCAUAACCACGAGCACCACGAGGAGGUUCCCCAGUGCGCAGCUGAGACACACGAGGUCGUCCGCACUGUGACCAAGACCCAGUUCAAGGAGGUCCACCCCACUGCGACCACCACUGUCUACGAGAAGGCCCCUACCUCCGUAGUCACCCAGGCUGCUCAGACAUCCGCUGUUCCCCAGGGCGCCACCCCCAUGAACGACCCUGAGAACAAGAUCUACUCCAGCGCCGUCUUUGGCAGCCAGGCCGCACCCUCCUCGUCCAACAUCCCCUACCAGAGCUACAACUACAACUCCCAGCGCCCCAUGAGCACUGGUACCUACUCCAUGAUCCCCGUCAACGUGCCGGUGCCCUCCUCCACUGCCAUGAUGAAGUCCAUGGCCACCCCCUCCGCUAGUCACGGCAUGCCCGUCGGUGCCGACGCCAUGAACAGUGCCAGCGCGUCUCCCACGCCCUCCCACGGCGCCGCCAUGUUCCAAGGCGCUGCUACCCGUGCUUCCAGCGGCAUCUUCUCCGCCGUCGCUGCCGUCGCCGGUGUCCUGGCCUUUGUCUUGUAA